ACUCUCUCUCUCUCUCUCUCACAGGAUUUUCUCGAGAAAGUUUUAUUUCUUUCCUCCCGAGAAAAUUUCAGACGUAGCUUCGAUUCUUUGCUGGAGAAUCCAUUGUUGAAGAAACGAGUAGUCUCUGUUAUUCAGAUUUCGAUUUUCGCAUGGGGAUGAAAGUAGCAUCUUCAUCUCCGUUCCUUCAAUGGACGACUCAGCCUAUUGUUCAUCAGUGUUCGUCUCCUUCUCAAACCCUAGCCUCCGGGACUAUAACAUCUCCUUCAAAACGACGACGGAGUAUCGGACACGACGCACGGUUUUUAUCUUGUCGUUUUGCGCCGCAGAGACUUAUGAACCGUUCGGCUCUUUUAGGAACUCCGUCGACGAAGCUUCAUCGAUCCAAGUCAUGCGAGCUAUGGUCAUCAUCAUCAUCAUCAUCUAGACCGACUAAAACUCAGUCGAUUCGAAGAGUUUGUAGCGCGAGCUUAGAUCCUCCAUUCUCCGAUGAGGAAUUCUCGAAAAAGAUCCAAGAGCUAACUCUCAGAUUCAAUGUCCCAGACCAAAACGAUUCAGAGCCUUUGAUAAUUCACGAUUACAGCCUAAUGGAGAAACCUAAUUCAAUCGAGCCGCCAUGGAACGAGAUGGUGCACUUGUCCAAUAUCGAAAUGAAAGCAAACAGUGUUGACCUUCCUCUUUCGCUUCGGAUCAUAAAGAAGAAACGGCAAUGGGAAGAAGGAGUUAAACAAGUAGGCGAAUCAGCUUGUUGCUCGAUGAACAAAGCGUUUUCGUCAAUGGUGUUUAUGAUUAGAGAGAUACAAAGCUUUACUCUGCAUAUGAGAGAGGUUCUGUUUUACGAAGAUCUGCAAGGGAUCUUGCUUAGAGUUAGAGAAGAGAUGCACCAAUCGUUCGUUUGGUUGUUUCAACAAGUCUUCUCCGCAACGCCGACGUUGAUGGUUUACGUUAUGAUACUCUUAGCCAACUUCACUGUUUAUUCCAUUGGGAGCAACUCUGCUUUAGCUGCUCCUCUUCCUCCUACUGUUACAGAGCUAACAGCCGCCAAUGAAACAGAUGAAACGGACGUGAAGUUUGAUUCCUCGGUGGUGAAAACGUUCUUUGUAUCGUCUCCCAACGGGAAUACAACUUCAGUUAGUGGUAACAACAAUGGCGGCGGUGGAAACAUCAAGCCGGUGUUGAGCGGAACAGAUGGUGAUGGAUUCGAUGGAUCAGAACAGUUCAGAACAAUCAUGCCCGAAGGAGUUUCUCAGUUGUCAUCAUCCACAUUCGGGUCAACUACUACAGAGUCAGAGCCGUCUGUAUCAGGACAAGAUGAAAACAGGCUGUGGAAUUCGAUGGUGGAGGAAGCAGAACGAAUGCAGUAUUUAAAGAUCGACGAUUCGUUGGACCAAGAGACAAGGAAACGAUUCGUGUCUAAUGUAGAGGCUCGGGUAGAAACAGAGGAAGACACGGAUUACUUCAAAACAGAGCUUAUGUACCAAACGGGACUGUCUCAAGAGCCUAAUAAUCCUCUGUUACUCGCAAACUAUGCUCAAUUCCUCUACCUCGUCUCUAAUGACCAUGACAGAGCGGAAGAGUACUUUAAGCGAGCGGUGGGAGUGGAACCGAAAGACGCGGAGGCGCUUAGCAAAUACGCGACGUUCUUAUGGAGAGUACGGGACGAUCUUUGGGCGGCUGAGGAGACUUUCCUGGAAGCAAUCGAUGCUGAUCCUACCAACUCUUACUACGCCGCUAAUUACGCCAAUUUCUUGUGGAACACUGGCGGUGACGAAACGUGUUUCCCUCUUGACGACGAGGCUCAGGAAGAAGACACCAUCUAGAUAAGAUGGUGCAGCAAUAAGUAGUCUUCUCUCUAUAGAAAAUAAAAUGAUAUAUACAAGUGCAACUAAUGAAUAUACAACAUGUGUGCAUACCAUGUAUGUAUUAUGUAUAUGCAAGUUUGUCACCGAAGAUCAAUGGAGUAAAAGAGGUAAUAUCUUCAAGGGUUUGGUUUGGUGGUAGUUGAAACGCGUAACUGAGUGAGAUAGAGCACGAGAGAUCGGAGAUGAUCACACACCGCCUUGGUUGGGCCUAUGUUGUGGAACCAAGUGUCUUUCCUUUUUUGUUUCUUCUUGAUAUUCUAAUACGUUUCUUUUUUUGUAUUGGUUUGCACAUAGUAGUGAGAGUACUGCCACUGCUACCUAGUCAAAAAAUACUAAAAUAGUUAUAUGCAAUUUUGGCAUGUUUUUAA